ACGAUGAGGAGCUACCAGCAGCAGCACCGCAGCUAACGUUAGCACAGACCGUCCUGCCGGGGUAACUCAUGUUGGCCUCUAACGGGAAUUAAUCAGACAACACUGAAGGACGCGCCCGGGCCAGCUCAACAUGGCUUCAGAGGAGGCAUCUCUGCGUGCGCUGGAGAACCUGAUGACAGAGUUCUUUCAUAGCUGUACGACCAAUGAGCGGAAAAGGGAAAUAGAAGAGCUGCUGAAUAACUUUGCACAGCAGACAGGAGCAUGGCGACACUGCUUGUUCUUCCUCUCCAAUACUCGGAAUGAAUAUGUAAUGAUGUACAGUCUCACAGUAUUUGAAAAUCUGGUGAACAAAAUGUGGAUUGGUUUAGCUUCACAAGACAAGAUGGAGAUUCGUAGCUGUCUGCCCAAACUCCUGCUUGCUCAGCACAAAUCUGUGCCCUAUUUUAUUCGUAACAAGCUCUGCAAAGUCAUUGUAGACAUAGGUCGCCAAGAUUGGCCCAUGUUCUACCAUGACUUCUUCACAAACACCCUCCAGCUGAUCCAGACCCCGGCCCUCGCUCCUCUGGGGUUGAUCAUGUUGAAAACCACAUCAGAGGAACUGGCCUGUCCUCGAGAAGACCUCAGCAUUGCCAGGAAAGACGAGCUGCGUAAACUGCUGUUGGACCAAGUGCCGACAGUGCUUGGACUGUUGACUGGCAUUUUAGAGACCUACUGGGACAAGCACAGUGUCAUAGCAUCUACCCCCCCUCCAUCACCCACCUCAGGGGAAAGCGUGGAAUUGCUGGGCAGUUUGUUUCAGGGCAGCCAAUACUCAAAGCUGCUCUGUCAGCCCAUGGCAGCAUUGGACAAUGAAAGUCAUCAGCUCUGCUGUCUGGUUUUGGAGUGUUUAUCUCACCUGUUCAGCUGGAUCCCUCUGUCCACAAACAUUACACCCUCCCUGCUGGCAUCUAUUUUUCACUUUGCACGUUUUGGUUGUGACCUGCGGACAAAAGCCAAGACAGGACCUUUGAACUCUUCCACCUCUAAUGGACAGCUCAAUCCCGGAACGGUGCCAACAGCAAACGGACAGAGGCCAAACGACCAGCAGGGAGAGGUUAACAAAAUGGAUCGCGCUCGGCUCGGUGUGCUCGCGAUGACCUGCAUCAAUGAACUGGUGUCAAAGAACUGCGUGCCAAUGGACUUUGAGGAGUAUCUGCUGCGGAUGUUCCAGCAAACAUUCUUUCUUCUGCAAAGGUUGACGCGAGAGAACAAUGCUCACACAGUCAAGAGCCGCUUACAGGAACUUGAUGAGAGUUACCUGGAAAAGUUUACAGAUUUUCUGCGCCUGUUUGUCAGUGUUCACUUGAGAAGGAUUGAGUCGAGCCCUCAGUUUCCUAUUGUAGAGUUUCUUGGUUUGCUUUUUAAAUACACUUUCAACCAGCCCACGCAUGAGGGAUACUUUGCUUGUUUGGACAUAUGGAGUGUGUUUUUGGAUUUUCUAACGACCAAAAUUAAAAGCAGGCUCGCAGACAGAGAAAGUGUACUUAACAGGUACAAAGAUGCCUUGGUUCUUCUUUUGCGAGAGGUCCUGAAUCGCAUACAGUUCAGAUACAAUCAGGCCCAGUUGGAAGAGCUGGAUGAUGAGACUCUGGAUGAUGAUCAACAGACUGAGUGGCAAAGGUACCUACGUCAGAGUCUGGAGGUGGUUGCCAAGGUGAUGGAGCUUCUCCCAUCCCAUGCAUUUUCUACUCUGUUUCCAGUCCUUCAGGAAAAUUUGGAUGUCUACUUGGGUUUACAGCAGUUCAUAGUCACUACCAGCUCAAGUCGGAGGCUGAAUAUCACAGCAGAGAACGACUGCCGUCGCCUUCACUGUUCUCUCAGGGACCUCAGUUCGCUGCUUCAAGCUGUCGGACGCUUGGCUGAACAUUUCAUUGGAGAGGUUUUUGCUGCACGUUUCACUGAUGCGCUGGCAAUGGUGGAGAGACUGGUUGAAGUAACUUGCUAUGGCUCUCAGACCAGCCUUUAUCACCUGGAGACAGCUGUGCCUUCUGUUUUAAAGCCUGACCUCAUUGACGUACACGCGCAGGCCCUUGCUGCUUUACAAGCCUAUUCUCACUGGCUCGCACAGUUCUACAGUGAAGUCCACAGUCAGAACCAGAGCCAGUUCAUCAACCUCAUCAUGUCUGCAGUAGACGCUAGCAGCCCACUCAUCACAACCAAGGUACCAGAGAAGUUGCUGCUCUCAGCGUGCCAUCUGAUGGUUUCCAUAACAUCCACAGUGAGGCCGGUGUUCUUGGUCACUUUGCCAGCUGUUCAGAACAUCUUCAACCUGAUUACUACAGAGAAUCACGCCCACCGGCUUCCCCAAGAGGCCCACAUACUUGUCUGUAGGGCUUUGUCCAACAUGCUCUUGCUCCCGUGGCCAAAUUUACCAGAGAGUGAGCAGCAAUGGCAAACACGCUCCAGCAGCCACGCCAACCUGCUAGCUGCACUCACUCGACAGUAUCGUAUUUUAAGAGAGACUGUGAAUUCUACUCCACGCCAGCCCGGUCUGGAUAAUGUGAAAGCGGUGAUUCAACAAACCCUGCCUGUGCUCAGAGACAUUGUCGACAGCAUCUCGAGCGAAUCCACCAAAUCUCGACAGAUCUGUUACCAAAGUAUGCAGGAGUCUGUUCAAGUGUCACUCAACCUGUUCCCAGUUUUUAUUCAGCAGCCAGAUGUGACGGAUGAGAUGUUGGCCUUCUUUUUAACGUUGUUUCAAGCCUUGCGAGUCCAGAUGGGUGUUGCCUUUACAGGACAAAUCAUCCACACUUUCCUCAGCAUGUUCACAAGGGAACAGCUUGCAGCCAGUAUCUUGCAGGAAGGCAGUGCCGGAUGCAGAGUGGUACAGAAGUUCCUGAAGAUCCUGCAGGUGGUGGUGCAAGAACCUGGUCAAGCUUUCAAGCCCUUCCUUCCCAACAUCCUCUCCCUGUGCAUGGAACAGGUUUACCCAGUUGUGGCAGAGCGGUCUUCACCAGAUGUCAAGGCAGAAAUGUUUGAGCUGUUAUACCAAAUACUUCACCAAAACUGGAGGUACUUCUUCAAAACCUCAGUUUUAAUAAGUGUCCAAAGAGGAGCUGUGGAAGACACCAUGGAAAACGAGGCCCAGUUCACAGCUGCCAUGCAGGCUUUUGGACAGUCAUUCCUCCAGCCUGACAUCCACAUCUUCAAGCAAAAUCUUUCCUAUUUGGAGUCACUGAACAGCAAGCACAAGUUGUAUUCCAGGAAGCUUUUCCGGACAUCGAUGCUCUUCCACUUCAUCAACGUGCUGCUUCAGGUCCUUCUGCACAAAAGCCACGACCUCCUUCAGGAGGAAAUCACCCUGGCUAUUUACAACAUGGCCUCUGUUGACUUUGAUGCCUUCUACUCGGUUUUCAUGCCAGAGUUCCUAAACGGCUGCCACGGUGUGGACACCAACCAACGAUCUGUUCUGGCUCGCAACUUCAAGCUUGAGCAGGAUUUGCCUUCGUUCACUCAGAGCGUUCAGAGACUGGUGAACGAUCUUCGCUACUACAGACUGUGUAAUAGUAGCCUUCCCACCGGCACCAUCAAGCUAUAGCAAAGCACCACGUAUCAGCUGUGAUCUUCAAAGACUGCCUGUGCUCGCCAACACUCCGAUUCAGCUUUACUCCCCUUGAAGCAACGCGUUGUUCAGUUGCAUUUUUGGAGGAUAAGCAUGCUGCUGCCGAUUAUGAUGAUAAUGGGUUUUUUUUGUUUGUUUUUACUGUAAAAGGUUGGCACAUUUUUUUAAAGCGGUGCCCUCCUUCUUGUCUUGCCAUUUAGGAGUUGGUGAGAACUAUAUACCUGGUCUGCAGAUGGUAUCUGCCAGACCCGGCACUGUCUGAGCCAGGCCUUCCCUCCCCCGCCGCCACAACCAAGCUGGGCUGGGACUGAGCACUUUCAACUCGUUUUGAGUUUGUUUGUUUUUUAAUGUCUGCUUUUAUUCAGUUUUGCCUUUUUUCAUCUCCAAAGGAGAUAGAUUUAAAACUUAAGAUCUUUCAUAUCAUUCCACGAU